GUAAUCCCCAUAGCCACAUUCACUUAGGUUUCGUUUUCCUCAAAGCAGCCACACAGAGCUAGAAUAUAUGCUGGAAAGAGAAACUAAAAGGCACAACUGUUGCACUUCAUCUUCAACACAGCAAGAUGGAUGCAAUAUUCAACUUACUUGAGCAGCACAGACUGGACUCUUACUACUUUAAAUUUGUUGAGUUUGGUGUGAAGGAUGAAAGAGAUUUCAUUGAUGGUGUAACAGAUGAAGACUUGAACAACAUCGGAUUAAGUCAGGUGGAAAGGAAUCGUUUUUCAGCCAUGAAAGACAACAUUCGCAGACUUAGAGCUCCAGCGGCUGCAGUGUCUGUGAAGAAGUCAUUGGAGUCCUUCUGUCUGCAGUACACAUACCCCAAAUGCCCUGAACCAAAAUAUAUCAGAGAUAUGGAUCCUGCACAAAAUACAGUGGAAGAUCUGAUGUUGAGGAUCUGUCACAUGGAAAGUGUAAAUCAAUCCAAAGGGGUCUGUCUCUACACAGUGGAUGGAAUGCCUUUGACAGAUGAUCCCUUCUUCAACACAUGGUCUUUAAAAGACAGACAUAUUGAAAAUAAGGAUGUAAUCUAUGCCAUAUUCACGCCAAAGGAAAACCUGAGAGCAGCUCCUCACAUGCUGAUGCGAGAGGUUACUGAAACCUACGGGACUGAUAAAGUUCGAUGCCACAUCAUGCUCAAGGGAGACUUUGAGGUGACGGUGAAUUUGGCAAGCGACACAAUAGCUAAUUUGAAGAACAAGCUCGCCAAUGAAAGUGGAAUCCCAGGACAUGUUCUUCAUUACAAAGGCGGACACGGUAGUGGCGACACAUUGGAAAGUUGUGGAAUCUCAGAUGGGUCGACAGUGCACUUCUCCCUGUCCACAUUUCCUGAUGACGUUCCAGACCACAAAACAUUCUUCAUCGAUGAUGUUGUGCCCUCAGUGCAACAAACCACUAAAGGAAUCAGUGUUUUCUUGUCUUCACUUUAUAUCGUUAAAAAAAGGGGUCUAGGAGUUGGAUUCAAAAAUCUGAUUGCAUACGUACGAAAACUGACUGGAUGUAACCCUCUGGCCCAAAGUUUGUGUCAGUUAACCUGGAGGAAUGAGGUCAUAUCCAGGAAUCAGAAGAUCGCAGUGGUUGAAGGCUUGUACAUGCUCUUUAGAGAGCUUUUGCCCACGCUUGGAACAAAACGUGGAGACAAGAUCAUUGAUGACCUUGAUGUCUUUGAGUAUUCAACAUACUGCUGGGCACACCUCUUAUCUGAAGCAAAGAAAGAAACGUCAGACCAUGAGAACUACGCACCAUUUUCUCUGAUGUCUGAAGAAGGCAGCCGUUUCUGUGAUCCAGUAACUGUACCUGGAACACCAGGUGUUUUUGAAAGAGCAGUUGUACUUAAAAAAAUCAAAGAUGGCGAGAAGAUUCCAAACUGCCCUGAAGUAGUUUUGAGAGAAACAUCCCUCACCAGAGCCACUGACAUUGAGAGGAUUUUGCUCAGUGUUCAUCCAUCAAUUAAAACAUAUCAUCUCUGGAUAUCUCAUGACAGUGUGACUGGUCAGAACUUUCACAUAAAUACUGAGAAGACAUUUGGAGACAUGGCAGAGGAAUUGAAAACUUUUCCUCAACUUACUGUCACUCCACCACUGCUUCUGAAGGGACUGGGUUUGGAUGAUGUACAACUGGUUUACCUGAGUAAAGACAACCUUGGUGUCUAUUUGUAUAAAAAUAAGGCAUCUCCUACAAUGAUCGAAGUGCAUGAUUGUCUGGCUGGCAAAACAAAAACUAUGGAUGUGGAUGUGUUAGCAACUAUAACUGGUGACCAUAGGGAUGAUUCUUCAUUUGUCACAACCAGGACUCCAAAAGAGGCUAUACUGGUGAUGGUAGAUACAAGUUCAUCCAUGACAGAGAAUUGCUAUGGAAGUGUGGACAUACAGAAAAUCCAUGCUGUUAAAGAGCUUUUUGACAACUUUGCAACACGGACCAUGGCUUAUGACUUCCAUCAUGUCAUUGGCCUUGUGAAGUUUGACUCUACAGUGAACACUCUCCACACAUUUACAGAAUCACUUGAGAAGUUCAAGGAACAAGUGCGCACCCUUAAGGCAAACGGACAAACUAAGCUGUACGAUGCCCUGCAACAUGGAAUGCUUGAGUUGGACAAAGCAAAGAAGUUUCCAGACUGUAAACUUCGGAUUAUUUGCCUCACAGAUGGAAAUGAUGUUGGAUCUUUAAACAAGCCUGAUGUUGUUACUGCCAACUUGAUAAAAUCCAACAUCAUUGUGGAUUCAAUUCUUCUUGGAAAAGUGGAGAACAAUAUUCUCUGUGGAAUCAGCAAUGCAACAGGGGGUUGCUGUUUCAAACCCGAGACGAGCAAAGAUGGUCUGAAGCUUUUUGAGAUCGAGACUGUUCUCUCUUUGGAGUUGAGGAAACCCAAGAACAAAGCUGACCCAUCUUCCAUCACUACAAGUUUUUUAACAACCAUCUCUGCUACUCAUGGGUAUGAUGGAUUUCCAGAGACCGUCUUACCAAGUCAGAUGAGCAGUAAAGUGACAGUAACAGAGAGUGCUCUGAAAAAGAAGAUGCGGGACGCCAAAAUUGGGAAAUUGAUGGAAAAGGACAAACGUAUCCUGGAGGAGCUGAGGAGCCUGCAUUGUGACCCACACCCCUACUUCACUAUCCUCCCAUCAGAAUCUGACUUCACAUUCUGGAAGAUUCUAAUGGAUGGACCUCCUGACACAGCUUAUGAGAAAGGAGCCUUUGAGUUGUUCUGCCAGUUUGGUCCUGACUACCCAGUGAAGCCUCCACUUGUUCGCUUUGUCACACGUGUGUACCACUGUAACAUCAACAGUGUUGGGCGCAUCUGCCACAACAUAUUUGACCGGAACUACAAUGCCCAAAUCACUAUGAGAGAUAUCCUCAAUGCUGUAUAUGGACUGCUCAUCAUGCCUGAGCCUGAUGAUCCACUGGACAGCAUUCUGGCUGAGGAAUUCAUGACCAGCCGUGAGACGUAUGAAAAGGAGGCCAAAAAACACACGGAGGAAAGUGCCUCUCAAUCACGGGAUGAUAUGGAGAAGAAAUUGGUGGAUCCUGGGAAGCAGCUUGUACCCCAACAUCUAAUCUGUUCAUUCACCAAAAAGAUGUUUGUUGAACCAGUGAUAACAAAAAACGGAAACGUGUACGAACGGAAGGCCAUUGAAGAAUACCUCAAAACAAACAAACAUGAUCCAAAGGGUGACCCAGAAGAUUUGCUCACCGUAGCUGAUCUCAAACCAGCCAAUGACAUGAAGAAAAUGGUGAAGGAACAGCGUUCGAGACAACUUCAGUAAAAGUAGCAAGAAGUUGGAGCUACAGCUGUUGUGUUUUAUAUCAGUUUUACAGUAAAUAUGCCAGUCAAAUAUGGAUAGUUCAUGUUGUCCAUUUGUCACAUUUUAUAAUCACAUUUACAUGUUUAGUAAUUGAGAAAAUGUGCAUGCAAUAUUUUAAAUGUUUCACUUUUAAUUACUACAUAUAUGCUUGGAGUUAUACACAAGAAUAGUAUAGUUAUGACAAAGUCAUCAUACGACUUUGAACUUUUUUCUCGUCACAUUUGAAUGAAUGACGUAGAAAAUCGCCAAUUUGAAUUAAAAUUGAAGAAGUUGCAAGUGCACUUACCCAAAAAUAAGCUGCACAAUGUCAGAUCAAAUAAGCUUUGGUGUUUUUAAAGUUAAAUCAAUCCUAUAGUAUAAUUUAAUAUAUUAUGUCUUCAAUAAUUUACAGCCCAUUUUUAUUACUUUACAUUUAAGGUCAGAAAAGGAAUGCUCUACUACCAAAGGCUGCAGAAUUUGUAAUCUGCUUUCAUUGUGAAAUUGAUCAACAGGUCUUUUAAUACAAAGACGGCAAUUUUCUGAUGCUGUCAGAAAAUUCUGUCACCAUAGCAAUACACAGACCUGUUUUUUUUUCUAACUCAACAACUGUUCAAUCAUAUUGUAAACUCUAUAUUAAUAAUCCUUUAACCUGAAUGGCAAAAUAACCUUUUUUUACAUAGGAUGUGGUGGAAACUUUUUCAACUAGAAGCCUUACAAUGAAAUCAAAUUCCUUUUCAUGUCGUGUCUUAAACACAUAUUCUCUAUUUUUACUCUCGCUGUUUUCUGUUGAUUGCUACUGUUAAGUUUUUAUUGUUAACUACAAAAAACAGGGAUCUUUAUUGUUGAUCAUGCAUAAGCAGGCACAUUUGCAUCAUACUUUUAAUGUUUGUGGGAUAAAAAUCAUACCUGCCAACACUCUCGAUAUAUGCAGUAGUCUACUUGCUUUUAACCUUUUCUCCUGCCCUGCCCCUGAUUGGUAAUUUGUCCCGCUAAUCUCCUGAUUUCAUUGUGAUAUGACUCAAAUGGGUGUUUCACAGUUUCUGUAAUAUGUCCAGACUGUAGGAUAUGUAACUACCCCGCCUGAGGUGCCGUGCAUCACUCGUAACAUUCAAGUUUCCAUUCGAGUCAAGAGUCAACUGAACUAAAAAUGGAUCAAACUCUUUUUCACAGCCCAAUGUUGGCAAGUAUGAUAGAAAUGUGUUUUUUUGUUUGUUGUUUUUUGGUGAAAUUAAAGUAAAUGAGAAAAGUUA